AUGACUUCAAUAUUUCAUUCCGGUCUUUCAAAAGAUUUUUCUUCAAUAUUAAAUGAUGCAGAUGAUUAUAAUGUUAUUAUUCAAGUCGAUAAAAAUAACAAUAUAAAAGAAUUUAGAGCACAUUCGGUAAUUUUACGUGCUCGUUCUCGAUAUUUUAAAAGUGCACUUUCAUCUGAAUGGAUUACAAAAAAGAAUAAUAUGAUUAUUUUUAAUAAACCAAAUAUUAAUUCAACUGUUUUUGAUAUAAUUCUAAGAUAUAUUUACACGGGUGAACUUGACUUGGAAAAAUAUCUAGGAAAAGAUUUACUUGAGCUUCUAAUUGCUUCUGAUGAAUUACUUCUUGAAGAAUUAUUUGAACCUAUUCAAGAAUAUUUAUUAAAAAAUCAUAUAACUUGGAUUCAGGAAAAUUUUAAUCUCUUCUUUCAUAUUGUGUUUAAACUUUCGGAUUACGACUGCGAUAAGCUACAAAAAUUUUGUCUCGAGUCUAUUUGUGAAAAUCCAAAACCAUUUUUUACUUCAAAAGACUUCCUCUCAUUAGAUAAAAGUGUUCUCUAUCGUUUACUUGAACGAGAUGACUUGCAGAUUGAUGAAUCAGAAAUCUGGGAUUGUUUAAUUAAAUGGGGUAUUGAACAAACUCCUGGUUUAGGAAGUGAAAACUAUGACAGAAAUGAAUGGAAUAAUGAGGAUUAUGAAGCGUUAAAUAAUACAUUGAAUCCAUUUAUUCCUCUAAUUCGAUUUAUGGAAAUUGUUCCUAAUAAUUUUAAUUAUAAAAUCAGACCAUAUAAGGAUAUUAUUCCUAAUAAAAUUUAUAAAGAAAUUGAAGAAUUUUAUAAUAAAGGUACCUUCCCAAAAAUAACAACAUUACCAGCAUUACCACCUAGAACAGGAAAAAUUGAUUCAAAAAUUAUCAAACAAAAUCUCGUAAAAAUAAUUCUUAAAUGGAUUAAUAAAGAAGAUUAUUGGACUUCACGUUAUAAGUUUGAUCUUAUUUAUCGUGGUAGUAUUGAUGGUAUUUGUACUGAAUCAUUUAAAAAUAAAUGUAAAGGACAAAUAGAAAGUUUAGUUUUAAUUAAAGUUAAACAAACAAAUAGAAUUUUUGGUGGAUAUAGUUCUAUUGGGUUUAACUCAAUUGGAGAUAAUCUUUUAAGUAUUUAUAAUGGUAGUCAACGAUUUUAUUAUUCAUCUAAUAAUUUUAUUUUUUCAUUUGAAAAUGAUGAAGAUACUCAAAAUAUGAGAAUAAGUCGUGUGAUAAAUUAUGAUAAGGCUAUAUAUGAUCAUCCUAACGUUGGAUUUGAUUUUGGUUAUAAUUCAUUGUUUAUAGAUAAUUGUCAAUGUUUAAGAGCUCAUAAUCUUGAUUUUAAUUAUGAAAAUAAUUUAACUACAUAUGAAAUUUAUAAUAUUGAAGAAAUCGAAACAUUUAUUAUAACUAAACAAUAA